AUGGAACCCAAAGGCUCCUGUAUUUUCCUUUGGCGCUACCGCUCCACAGCAGACCACGAUGAUGACUUCAGGAUCACUUUAACAGAUGAAGAAAGCAUUGAACGGAAUGGUAUCAAAAGGGCUUUCCCUGCAGGACUGCCUUCGGAUCUUCCGACGAAGUUGAAUUUGAAGCUGAGUAACGAGAUUGAUGCUACGGUCCAGGUGGAUGAUAAUAUGGAGUCAAGCGUGCCUGGAGUCUUCAUGGUUGGAGAUGCGAAUACUAUAAAAGGCGACUUAGCGAAGGACUACUCGGAUGCUCGAGUGGAGGCGGAGUCAAGACAUACCAAGCGCUUUUUCGGCGAUGCACAGAACCCCUUUGAAGCUACAAAGAGACUACUCGCGAAGCCUACGGCUGAGCUCAGUUCGGCGCAAGACUUGUUGGAGUACAUCAACAGUUGA